AAAGAAAGAGAGAGAGAGGGAUUGUCACUGCUGGGUCCUAAUUAGGGUUUUCAGGGUCUCUCUUUUCUUCUCUCUUUCGUGACUCCUCUCUCCCCAGUCGAGGCAGACGCCGCCGGAGUCCGCCGCCGCCGCUCCUCCUCCUCCUCCGCCCCCUAGCCGGCAGAUUCGCCGCCACCAGAGGCCUCUCGCAUCUCUCGAUCAUGGCGAAUCCAUCGGCGGCGAGAUCCUUCCUUCAAGUGGCGGCCACCGAGGAGGUCACCCCGCCUCUCAGGGUCGUCCAGAUUGAGGGUCUGGUUAUUCUGAAGAUAAUCAAGCAUUGCAAAGAGUUCUCGCCUUCCCUCGUCACGGGGCAGCUGCUUGGUUUGGAUGUUGGCAGUGUCCUUGAAGUCACCAAUUGCUUCCCCUUCCCGAUACGUGAAGAAGAUGAGGAGAUUGAAGCCGAGGGUGCCAAUUACCAACUUGAGAUGAUGAGGUGUCUUCGGGAGGUCAAUGUUGACAAUAACACCGUCGGAUGGUACCAAUCAACGUUGUUUGGUUCUUAUCAAACGGUGGAAUUGAUUGAGACCUUCAUGAAUUACCAGGAGAACAUAAGGAGGUGUGUUUGCAUAAUAUAUGAUCCUUCCAGAUCUAAUCAAGGUGUCCUAGCCCUGAAGGCCCUGAAGCUCUCAGACUCAUUUAUGGAACUGUAUCGUAACAAUAACUUCACUGGAGAGAAGUUGAGGGAGAAGAAUUUGUCAUGGGUGGAUAUAUUUGAGGAGAUACCGAUCAAAGUUUCAAAUUCCGCUCUUAUCAGCGCUUUCAUGACAGAGCUUGAAGCUGAUUCACCUGCCACUCAGUGUGACUAUGACCGGCUGAAGUUGUCAAGCAGUCCAUUUGUGGAGAGGAAUAUGGAAUUUCUGAUUGAAUGCAUGGAUGAUUUAUCAGUGGAGCAGCAGAAGUUCCAAUAUUAUUAUCGGAAUGUAUCACGGCAACAAGCGCAGCAGCAAGCAUGGCUUCAAAAAAGAAGGUCUGAAAACAUGGCACGAAAAGCUGCAGGAGAAGAGCCCUUGCCUGAGGAGGAUCCAUCAAACCCCGUCUUUAAGCCACUUCCUGAGCCAUCACGCCUGGACAGCUUUCUCAUAACAAAUCAAAUUUCCAACUACUGCAACCAGAUUAACGGGGUUGCUGGACAGAGCUUCAGCAGAUUAUACUUGAUGAAGGCAUUGCAGGAGAAUUAAUGGAAGAUUGGAAGAUGCUUUUUGAUAUAAUCAGAUGAGAAAACGAGAUAUUUUGUGAGACAAAAGGGAGAGGAAAUCAAUGCAUCUUCUUUUUUUAUUCACUCGGUCCGUGUUGUAUUCAAUUAGUGGAAUAUAAAUUUUGAGCAUUAAUUAUCCGAAUUGCUUGGUGGAAUACGAUUGUAUUGCUGCAGCUUGGCAGAAAUAGGUUAUCUUUUGUGCAGAGGAUUUAGGAAAGACUUACAAUUAUCGUCUCAGAGGAUGCCUCGAGUCUUCA